CCGACUGGCGCCACCAUGUUCAAGCGCCGUCUUCGCGUCUCGCCGCUGGAUGCCAUUGCGUGGAUCUGCGUCUUGUAUGCGGGAACGACAGCGUACUUGCACAUGCGCCUCGCCCGCAUGCCCGCCGUCGUAUCGUUUCUCUCGCUCCUCAAUCCGCUCGGGUCGGGCGCCGUCUUUUCCCUCUGUAGCGCCCUCCACGCCCGUGUUGCCUACCAUCUCGUCGCCUCACGCUAUCGCAUCAACUCGACGACGAGCCAGCUGCGCGCCAUCAAGCCCCUCGUCGUGCGCGGCCGCCGGCCCAAAGCCGUCCACAUCGUGCCGCGCCUGACGCGGUCGCUGCGGCUCAAGAGUUUUUUUCGGCUUCGUCUCAAGUCGAACGAGAUUGCGACUGACCUCCAAGUCGUGCACUCAGCGCUUCGCCGCCAAUCGAUCUUGGACCUGGGUAGCGUCCCGAUGCAGAAGCUUGUACUCACAUGGAAGGGUCGAUGGGUGCGACUUCAAAUCGCUGGCGAAGGUCAUUAUGCACGGUUUAUGGGCCCGAAAGGCUUCUUCAGCCGCGCGGGGUCCCACUACGAGCUGCGACUGCUUCUCCGUGAGUGCAUUGUCCUGCCAUUACAGCUGGUGCGCGGCGUCAACUGGAGCGGUCGCAUCCGCAACAACUUUGUCGUGCUGUACGGCCUCAUCUUUGCGCUGCAUUGCGCGGUCCUACCUGCCCUCAUCGCGUGGAAUUUCUACAAGUAUGCCGAUUCGCGGCAGCGAGCCAAGCACCGGAAGCUCCGCGAGUGGAUCCUCGUGCUCGUCAUGGCGUUCGACAUGAUGCUCAGCGUCGGCAUUCCAAUUGCGAUCAUUGUACCGGCCUACUGGCGCUACUACGUCAACCCGGCUAUCCUCUCGGACGUAAACUUUGAUGUUUACGCCGUCUCGAUUAUCAAGUCGUUUAUGGUGGCGUCCGUCCUGGACUUGAUCGCGCUCGUCGUACCGCUGUUCUUGAUCGCAGUGACGUUGCACAAUCUGCACGAGGCGCGCGUUGCGGCGUUUCUCUGGGAUAGCAUUGUGACCGCUGCGUCGCCCGUGGACCAGCUCGCCCACUUGAAAAAGUACUUCAACUUGACCGACUUGGAGGGUCGGCUGCCGUCCAAAACGCUUCGCAACGGGGCAUUGCUUAACCUUGGCGGCGGACAACCACCGCGCGAUUUUGCCUCGCUGUUUGCAAACUGGCCUUCGCUCAAGAAGAUGCGGGCGGUCUCCGUCGCUCCGUGGCAGCAAGAGCGCAGCCCUACAGAGCAGCAUUUGGCUCCCAUUCAGGACGAAGAUUCCCCCGACCACGCGGGUCGACUUGCCCUCUUUGGUGCUGUGCUAUUGGUCGGCAGCACAGUGGCCGUCCUCGUUCUAGUGGUGGUGCUGCGCGCCGCAUCUGCGACCACUUGUCUUCCGCCGCUUCUCACCGACCACUUGAGCUGCGCGGGCAGCCUUCGCCCGUGGCACUUGUCCCCACUGUGGGACCAAUCGUGCGUUUGCCAGAUUGUACAUAUCCACUGUCCCUCCGAUUCGGAAACCCCCGUGUACGACAACGUCGCAGCCUUUGUGACAACGUACCCGACCGAGCAUAUCAACUACCUAAAGCUCCAGGGGUGUGAUCUCCGCCGCCUCUAUUCGUCGAUGGUGCGUCUCAGCGACCUAUGGGGCCUUGAAGCCAGCGCAGUGCCAACCUCAGAGGCGCCAGACAUCGAACUGGCACAGUUCUCCAAACUUGUCUACUUGUCGCUGCGACAGAACCCAUGGCCCGAGCUUCCACGGCUUUUAAAAAAAGUUCCGCCGCUCCUCUCGGCGCUGGACCUCUCGGAGACGUCCUUCCGCAAUUGGCCGGCGUGGGUGGGCGCUGCGUGGUCUAAUCUCACGCAGCUAACCGUCGUGAGCGCGCGCUUGAUGUCGUUUCCGACGGCUCUCUUUGAGCUCGACUGGCUCGCAACACUCGACUUGACCAACAACUCGAUUGAGUCCUUACCCCCCGUGCCGGACGGCGCGUGGACCCGCGUCAAGGAUCUGCGCCUUGGCGGCAACCAGCUACGGACCAUUCCACCCAAUAUCUUUGCCCUCCCGAGCCUCCAGACGCUGACGCUGGCCAAGAACGUACUCACUUCGUGCCCCGUUGCGCCGAUGCCACUUGGGAUUUACACACUUGACGGCAACCCGUGCUGCUCCCCAUCUUUGUCAGCUUGUGCGUCGAGCUGCAGUCCGCUCUGCGACUACUACUAUGCAAAGUCCCCGGUCUGCAGUCCGUUCUGCAACAGUAGCAUUGCGUGCCGCACGACCUCGAGCUGCUCCGUGUAGCUGCCAGCUCUCCACCGCCUAAGGUCAUCGAGUAGGUCUUGGUCUAACGCCAGAUACGAAUCGACACCUGUCUGUUCCAUACA